AUGGAGGACAUGGAUAGCCUGAACGUCAAGCGACCGGAUUUUCUCACACGCGACUCGUCUGAGUACAUUCCCGAAGUAAUUGAUUACAUUAAGCAAAUCAUCCAAAAUGGCUUCGCCUACGAAGCGCUGGAUCAGUUUACUUUGACACGGGUGCCUUCACUGAUGCAGGACAAAACUACGGAAAACUUGAACCUGGCUCAGUCGGCAAUCAAUCGCUUAUCGCAGAGGGUGAGGGAGCACUCACAGCUGCAGACGCGUGACUUUGUUCUUUGGAAGAAGAGCAAGAACGGCGAGCCCACGUGCGAAUCGCCCUGGAGGCCAGGCCGUCCGGGGUGGCACAUCGAGUGCUCAGCCAUGGUCUCCAACGUCUUGGGACCUAUAAUUGAUAUCCACGCCGGAGGUGUCGAUUUGCGUUUUCCGCAUCACUCAAACGAAGUAGCUCAAGCCGAAGCGUAUCAGAGCUCACACAAUUACGACGCGGACGAUGCCCCCGUUGUCUUGUCCCCUGGCAACGCCGUUAUCGACCUCGUCAACCAUCCCUCAGACGGUGGCCCCGUCGGCUACUCUGUUGCUACCUCUGCGGAGCCACCGACUUCCGUGACCCCCAACUCACAACACGCACCCACUGGCGCCCGGCCCCCUGUGGCGGCCAAUGCCGGUUCUAGCACGACAGUCGCAGCCACGCCCGUUACGGCACAAGUUGAGGCAGCCGCGCAGCCAAGUGCUAUUACCGCCGCAGACGAGAGUCGGCAGACCACGUCACAGCCACAGUCUGCGUUCCCGCCCAAAACGCAACUCCAAACGGCAGGGCAAGACAUCCCCACCCAAGUUGUUGCUCCGCAAUCCUACGCUCCCAUCGCCAGCUCCAUUCCUGUACCACAUAAAGUCUCCUCGCAGCAACCGCUCUCCUUACGAUUGCACCUACAAAUACCGUCACCAUCCCCAGUACCACAACUACCACAGAAACGUCUUGGUCAAGAGCCGCCGAAUGCUCACCAGAUACGAACCGGACCCAACUUGCCGCCCUUCUCCCGUUCCACACCCAACAUUCCUCAAACGGCGUCUGGGCUGAGCCCGUCUCAGCUCCGGGCGCCUUCCCGAACGCACCCAUCCCUCUGGCACCAACCAAUCACGGGGGGCACGCAAGGAUGA